AUGGCCUCUCUCGCUUUAAAAACCGUAGCUCGUUUGGCCCAAGCAGGUCGCACAGUCCGAGCUAUAUCUACCACUGUGCCGGCUGCUAGUGGACAUGACGACAUCAUGGAAAAGUGGCCUGCUGACAGUAAUUAUUUUUUUCAAUCUGUUAUAUCAUAAAAACGUUUCAGAGUUUGACAAACAUUUCAUCGAUUAUCUUAGCCGGCCAGAGAUCGACGGCUGGGAAGUAAGAAAAGGUUCGUACUGAUAAAAAGUAUUUUCGCUUCACGAAACUUUUAAGCUCUUACGGAGCUUCAUGACUACGACGUCAUCCCCGACCCCAAGGUCGUAGAGGCUGCUCUUCGUGCGUGUCGUCGCGUGAAUGACUACGCUCUGACGCUCAGAUUCUUGGAAGCUCUGAAGAUCAAGUGCGGCACUCAGAAAAACCGCGAAACAAUUUACCCAUACAUCAUUCAGCAGGUGUGAUUCAUCUCAUUCAGUCUUAGUUUGAGAUUAAUUUGUUUACUUACACGUGUUAGUUUUCAGAUUCAGUAAAAAGCAUAAUAACUCAGUUCAAUAACAUAUAUUCAAGCUUUUUUUUCCAUUUUUUAUAGAAUCACUAAAAUAAAUAGUAGAUUAUCAAUUGUUAUUUCAAAGGUGAAACCAGUCCUCGACGAGCUUGGCAUCUCCACGCCAGAAGAGCUUGGUUACGAUAAGCCGGAACUUUUCAUUCCACAACCGGAAUAUUGGUGGGAAAAGAAAUGGUGAGUUGAAAUAUUCAGCUCUUCUUUUUAUUAAAUCUUCUCUGUGAUAAAAAAAUAUGAUACGAUUAGAUCUUUUUUUCAUAAGUUUUUAUAAAUUUAUUUUUGGUCGUAGAAGAAACAGUUAUUCCGAUUGCUGAUUUAUUUUUAUAUAUCAAAAAAAAAGUUAAGAGAUUCAUACUCACCGCGUGGUUCUUAUUUUAUUAUGCUAAAUCUUUCAAAAUAUAAUCAAUUCAUAAGAUUUUUUUAACCGGUUAUCAAUCAAAUGUUCAGCAUUUAGCUUUGAAUCAGUGAAACAAAAUUUGCAGUUAAUCAAAAAAACAAGGUGAAAAAAACGUAAUCUUUUUCAUGGUUUUUUUAAAAUUUUUUUAUUUUGGAAAGUUUGAUUUCGAUUAACGAAGGUAUCACAAAAAAAAGUAUAUUCAAGAAAAUCAGGCUUCAAAAAUCUUCAAAUAAGUUAAAAAAACUUAUGGAUUCGUGAUAAUUAAGCUCACAUUUUUGAGCCCCUCUACUAGGAAAAGUUUUUUUCGCUGGAAAAUUGAAGCCUUUUGCAAUGAAGGGAAAAUUAUUUUCCAAAAUUUGGUUGAAAUACGAAAAAUAUUUUAAUUAGUCUUUUUCACACGGAAUUUGUUUUUUCCCUAUCCGAAUCUUCUCUAAUUCCUUGUUACAUCAGAUAACGUCGAAAUCAAUGAUAUCCUAGUGUCUUUUAGGGUUUUUCUGUUCUCAGUAAAAUGGCGGAAAAUCAUUGCAUAAGGCCUCUAACAAGUGGGAUCAUUUUACUUUGCGGUUGAGAUUUUUCUGAAAACUGGCCAGAACACUCCUUGAUGUAAUAAAAAAAAGAUUCUGAAAGUUUCAAUUUACUCAACUUUCUCGUUUUUGAGAAAAGACACCUCAAAGUUAAGGAAAACCUCAAAAUCUAUUAAAAAGGCCGUUUUGGGGCUUUAGAAACUUUUUUUCUUUUGAAAAGUAGGAAGUUGUGCAGCUUGAGACUUUAAGGAAUUUUGUCUGGUGAAACAAGGAGUUUUCUGGCCGAUUUUUAUGAUAUCCCAACCACAAAGUAACAGGAUUUCCCUUGUACAGAAAAAAAAAAUGAGAAGCGAAAGUUCACUCCACGGAUAACAUUCUAGAGAUUGAAUCGUUGCUUUUUCUCUAUGUUCUUUAAUACUAAUUAUUAAAUUGAUAUACAUAUAUCAUAAACGUAAAAACCGAAAGAAGCUCGAAUCGAAUCUCUUUGAGUUUGCUCCUCAAAUGACUUUUUCUGCUUCUAGUUUUAAUUUUCCCAAUAUAAAAUACUGCCAAAAAUGAGCUCAUAACGACAAGGAAUGACGAAAUUGCUCAACCCCCUAGAAUUAACUUUUGGAAAAGGAAGUUUCGAAAAUCGAUUCGAUAAAAAAAAAACCUGCGAAAAUUCAACUUCGUAUUUUGCUCGAUAGAAUCCGUACUUUGACCGUGGACACAUUUUAAUAUUUUGGUCGAACUCUUUUGAAAAGUUUUCAUCAGAUAUAUAUAGAAUUUUUAAAGAUUUCUUUACUUAUCAACGAUAAUUUUUUUUAUAAACAAUUUAAAAAAAACGCAUAAAUUCUUGAUUUUUUUUCAGGUACGCCGACUACGGAAUGGAUAAGAAACCAAACUUCCAAAUUUAA